AUGAGCAAAACCUACUCCUACACCCGUGUGACCACCCAUUCGAACGGUUUGCCACCGAAAAGUCCACCAGAGGGAGCCGCCCGUCUAUUCGCCGGUGGUAUUCGUCCGUGUUCCGCUCUCCACUCGGGUAGCUCGUCGAGCACUCUCAACACUGCCGGAAUGGAUAGAUCGUCGAGAAGAAUUCCGUCGUCUCAUGGGGGUCAUGGGGAUGAUAGGUACUGCUAA